AUGCCAUUUUCAACCUCAAGUUGGUCAACAUCAAUUCCAUCAUCGAACACACACCUGCUGAACCUGGGCAGCAGCCACACCUCAACACUUCCUCCCCUCCACCAUAAUCACUUUGACGCUCACAAGGACCCAGUUCCUACAUCCUGGAACCUGGUCUGGAACCAAACGGAUACUCUGUGUUUUAACAGGACCAAUGGGAGUUGCGAAUCCUGGGACCUCUUCAACCCGGAAGAAAACGACACCUCAACUCAGGGUCCGGCAACUCUCUUGGACGAGGAAUACAGAUUCUGGACUCUAAUUCUGAUAAUUAUCCCCCUUCUGACCGUCUUCGGCAAUAUCCUGGUUGUGAUGAGCGUCAUCAAAGAGAAGAGCCUGAAGACGGUGACCAACUACUUCAUCUGUUCACUGGCCGUUGCCGACAUCAUGGUUGCUGUCGUCGUCAUGCCAUUCGCUGUGUACAUGGAGGUUAUGAAGUACCGCUGGCUGCUCCCCGACGGGCUGUGUGAUGCCUGGGUGGCCUCAGAUGUUCUCGGCUGUACGGCCUCCAUCCUCAAUCUUACCGCAAUCUGUGUGGACAGGUUUAUCGCUGUCACUCAGCCAAUCAAAUACGCUAAACACAAGAACUCUAAAAGAGUCUUUAUCAUGCUGGCCAUCACUUGGAUCAUCUCCGUGGCCAUAGCGGCGCCCAUAGCCUUAAGGGUCAACUACUCCAAAGCCAGGAACAGCGGAGACUGCCAGUUCUUCAACUCUGACUUCAUCAUCUACUCCUCCAUGGGGUCUUUCUACAUCCCCUCCGUCAUCAUGUGCUUUCUCUAUUGGAAGAUUUACAGGGUGAUACGCAUGCGCGUUCUGAAAACCAAGAUAGCUAAGCAGAUGCGGGAGGUGGACAAAAAGGCGCUGCAAGGAGUCAUAGAAAACCCGACCAACCCUGGGUUUCAGACUGUGAACGUCACUGAGGGUGUCACUGGUGCUGAGGUUACUACUGGACUCGCCAUUGUAGAGAAAGGUCGAGUCACGACGUACAAUACUACAAAAGCUAGAAUAUCGCAGGUGUUGGAAUCGGAAGAUAGUAAAGAUAACGUUAGGAAUAACACGAAUUCGCACUCUGAUAUUAAUUCCAGAGACGACGAUGACGAGGACACUAUAAGUGUUAGCGGAAAUGCUGACAAUAACAACGUUGUGAUGCAGAUCUGUCAUAGAUUUUACAGAAACAUGAAAUCAGCAGAACUGAUCACUGACCCCAUUGCUGAAGAGCUAGAUCGGCUUGAGAAAGAAAGUUUUCAAGUCGUGGCUCAAUACGGCAAAAGUGGCGGCUGUGUAGGAGACCAUGAAACUUGCGCAAACGAGGCGAAAACUCUGUUUACGUCCGUGCUUUGCAACGCAGGUGUGAAUGACGACCGGAGAACAGAAAAAACCGAUAAGGGGAAAGUCUAUUCACCCACUGAGAGACAAAAGAAAGGAGUGACAAGGUUAAAUUUUCUUUUGAGACUGAGUAGAAAAAGGAAAGAAAAAUCUUCUUCCAGACAAGAGAAGAAAGCUACUAAAACACUUGCCAUAGUCAUAGGGGUGUUUCUAGUCUGCUGGUUGCCUUUCUUCACACUCAACAUCUUCAACGCCAUUUGCAUCCGCUACAAUCUGGUGGAGCUUCCCAUCUGCAACGUUGACCCGAUCUUAUUCAGCCUCUUCCAGUGGCUGGGAUAUAUCAACAGCUUCCUCGACCCCGUUAUCUACACCAUCUUUAACCAGGAGUUCCGAAAAGCUUUCCGCAAAUUGUUGACUGAACCAUGUAGAUGA